AUGUUAUCUCGUCAAGAAAUAGGCAAAAAUAUAGCAGCCAUUAUUAAUAGUUAUGAUAAUACUUUAUAUAAUAAACAAGACAUGGAAGAUUUAUCGAAUUUAUCAAAUUCAUUAAUUCAAAAGAAACUUAGAAAGAUUAAUGAACAAAUCAUAUUUUUUCAUGCUGAAAAUCGUCUUUUAUAUAAUUAUUUAACAUGGUAUGAAAAAAGAAUAGUUCAAAAUCAAGAAAAACCAUAUUCGAACAAUAUUAUUCUGAACAAUGAAAUUAAACCUUUUAUUCAUCCAAUUUCUAAACAAAAAAUGAAACAGUUAUUACUUAUUGAAAAGAAACGUGAAAUAGCUGAAGCUAGUUUUAAAGUUCUUCUAGCUUAUAAUCGAAAAUAUGGUAUUAAUACAAUACAAUAUGCUGAUGAAUGCAUUAAUACAAUUGAGACAAAUGAUGAAACUAUAAAUCAUUUCGAACUUGAAUUAAUUCUAUUGAAAAAAUUCAUUCAAAAAAUUAAUUUAGAUUUCUCUGAAAUACAAAAGAAAUUUACUGCUGAAGAAUUUUUGGAAUUUUUUCGUGAUAGAAUUCGUUAUUAUGAAGCGCUGGACGAAAGAAAACGUCAAAAAACAGUUCGUCUUCGUUUUAAUAUUGAUGGUAUUGAGAAAUCAAUUCGUAAAGUUCGUCAAAUAGUUGAUACUGUAACAGAAGUUGAUUUUGAACAAUUAAAAAUUGAUAUAGAAAAACAACAAAAGGAAAUCAAUAUUAAAAAUAAAAUGCUGAUAUUUUACAAGCGACAGCAAUCAGAUGCAAAUAUGCAACUUAAUGCAAAAAAGCCGGAAUUAUUUAAAGAAAUUGCUACACUAACAUCAAUACGUAAAGAAACAAAUAAUAAAAUUCGACUACUAAAACAUUAUGAUGAAGUCAAACGAAAAAUGCAAGAUGAAAUUCUACAAUAUGAAAAAAUUAAUGAUCCUCUUCGUGAAAUGACUAUAUCCUAUCGUGUACCAUCUAUAAUAAACUAUGUUGAUUUAAAAACAAAACAAAUCAAUCUUCAUCGUCAGAUUCGUACAUGGGAACGUAAAGUACAAAUUGCUGAACGUGAAUUACAUUUACGUCAAAUAGAUGCAAUUCAUUAUCCAGAAACAAUUAUUCAUCCGUGGAAAUAUCUUCAGAAUCCAUCACCUAUUCUAUUUCAUAAACAUUACAACACAUCACUUAAUCGAAUAAAUCAACAAGAUGAAGUUCAUUUAACGAUUAUUAAAAAUAAUGUAAACCUAUCUUUUCCUAAACUAAAUAAUAAAACGUCAAUAAGUAUUAAAAUAUAA